GCGGGGCUAGCCGGACCCGGGCGCCCUCGCUCGCCUCGUCGUCGGGAUCCGACAAGGAAGACAAUGGGAAGCCCCCGUCCUCCGCCCCGUCCCGGCCCAGACCCCCGCGGAGGAAGCGGAGAGAGUCCACCUCGGCCGAAGAGGACAUCAUUGAUGGAUUUGCCAUGACCAGCUUUGUCACUUUUGAAGCGCUGGAGAAAGAUGUAGCACUUAAGCCUCAGGAACGUGUGGAGAAACGCCAGACCCCCCUGACGAAGAAGAAACGAGAAGCACUUACCAAUGGCUUGUCCUUUCAUUCAAAAAAUAGCAGACUCAGCCACUCCAACCACUACAGCUCCGAUCGAGAAAAUGACCGCAAUCUCUGCCAGCACCUGGGGAAGAAAAAGAAAAUGCCAAAGGGACUGAGACAGCUCAAGCCUGGGCAGAAUAGCUGCAGGGACAGUGACAGCGAAAGCGCCAGCGGAGAAUCCAAGGGCUUUCACCGGAGCAGCUCACGGGAAAGACUCAGUGAUAGUUCAGCUCCUUCCAGCUUGGGGACAGGCUACUUCGUAAGUCUAUCUCAGCUUCCAUAUAUGUGCCUUACAUUGGCAUUGAUUUACUUGUGUAACAAAUGCUCAUUAGGAUGUGAAAAAAAAAAUCUAAGAAAUUUCCUCUCAGUCCUAAAGAGCAGACUGAUUUCCAUCUUUUUAUUGAGAAUUGUUGUAUUUUUACAAGGAAUAACCUGCUGGGCCUUACGAAUCAUGUCCAUUUGCCUGGUUUUCAGCACUCAGGACAUUUGCUUCUUACCUACAGCACAGAGGGAUACAGGGACAUUUGAUUGGCUUGUGCUACCUUUUCUCCUUCAUUUUUUUAAAAGUGAGACAGGAAGGAAUUCAGAUUAUGUAUUGAGGUAUUUAUUCACUUUCAAGGUUUUUUGA